AUCAUAAAAAAAAAAAGAAAAAUCAAGAUCAUUGGAGAAACAAAAGAAUAUCAAUCUUUGGAAUAAGAGCUAAUGGAAAACAAUGGAGAAUUGAAUGCCCAGCCUGAAUUAUUAGGCAUAAUUGAUAGAACCCAUACCUAUAUGUAUGAGCAAUUGUGGAAAAUAUGUGCUGGACCUUUGUGCGAUCUUCCAAAACCUGGAGAAAAGGUUUAUUAUUUUCCUCAAGGGCACAUUGAGCUCAUUGAAGCAUCUACAAAAGAUGAGUUGGAUAAGAUAAGGCCACAUUUUGAUCUUCCAUCUAAGCUUCGAUGUUGUGUUGAUGAUAUUCAACUUAAGAUAGACCAAAAUACGGAUGACGUCUACGCAGAGAUUUAUUUAAUGCCAGAUACAACAGACGUUAUAACUCCUAUUACUACUAUGGAUAAUCAAAGACCAAUGGUUUAUUCUUUUAGUAAAAUUUUAACGGCGUCUGACGCCAACACACAUGGUGGAUUAUCUAUUCUUAAGAGACAUGCCACUGAAUGUCUUCCUCCGCUGGAUAUGUCCCAACCAACGCCUAUGCAGCAUCUUGUUGCGAAAGAUCUCCAUGGUCGAGAAUGGACAUUCAAGCAUUCUUUUAGAGGUACACCGCGGAGACAUCUUUUUACCAGUGGCUGGAGCUUAUUUGCAACAACAAAAAGAUUGAUUGCUGGGGAUGCUUUUGUAUUCCUUAGAUACUCUGGGACGAUUAUUGGUGUACAUGACAUGUCUCCUUAUUGGAAAGAUUCGGAAUGGCGAAGCCUACAAGUGCAAUGGGACGAGCUUUCACCAUUUCCAAGACCUGAUAAGGUUUCACCAUGGGAAAUCGAGCGUUUAAUCCCUUCGCCAAGUAUUUCCCAGUCAACUGUACUCCAGAAAAAACGUGCUCGUCAAUGUAAUGAAAUCGGUUCAACAUCAUCGAAUCUUUUGACAGGCCAAGAAAUUGGACAAUCGAGCUUGAGUUCUCCGACGAGUGUUCCUGAGUUUAGUUGUCGCGAUGCAGUUGAAGAUUCCAAGUUUCCUUCUGAUUGGCUAAUGAGUGACCUAGUCCCAGCCAUACCUAAACCAAACAAUAACAACAACCAAUUGGUUCAACCAAUGAAAGAAAAGAUAACAACUGAAGCAACCACUAGUUGCAUAUUGUUUGGAGUUGAUCUGACCAAAGCCUCAAAGACCAAAGAUCCCAUGGGUCCAAUUGAAGCAACCGAAGCAACCACUAGUUGCAUACUCUCUCAAGAUAAAAAGCUUGACCAAACCCUAACUUGGACAUCACCAAAAGAGGUCCAAAGCAGUAAAUUCAAUUCUACUAGACGUCGUAUCAAGGUUCAGAUGCUAGGUGUAGUCAUUUGCAGAGCUGUGGAUUUAACUGCUUUUCAUGGAUACAAUCAGCUGAUACAAAAACUAGAAGAACUCUUUGAUCUCAAAGACGAGUUACGAAGCCGCAAUAAAUGGGAAAUAGUUUUUACAAACAAUGAAGGACAUGUGAAGCAUGUCGGGGAUGAUCUAUGGCCUGAAUUCUGCAAUAUGGCGAAAAAAAUACUCAUAGGUUCAAAAGAAGAGAUAGAAAAAAUGAAGUCCCGGAACAAAGUCUCUCAAGCUAAAUCAGCAGUUUUAACAUCUUCUGACGUACCACCAAACGUCAAAGCAGAUUAUUAACGUCUCUCAUAAAGAUAAGAGAGUCUCAGAAUUUGUCUUAAAAUUUCGUAAAGAAAAAAAACAGUUUUUUGUUUGUUCCGUGAUGUAAUAAAGGGUUCGAAAAUGUAACCCAUGUUUUUACAGUGAUGUUGUUGUCCUUUGUGUCUCUAAUGUGUUUCUUCGUCGUUCAUAAAUGAAAAAUUCUCCUUGUU